AUGUGUGGGCGGUACGCUUUGGGCGUGCGCUUGGCAUAUGUCCAGCAUCGCUUGCAAGAGCAGGGUAUGCAAGUAGACGAGGCACCUGAUGAUGAUGCGGUCAGAGAAACGUACAACUUUGCGCCAGGCAAUUUUGGUGCCGUUUACCGUGCUGAAGUACCGGCCAAGGAGCGUGACCAUGGCAGACAAGCGCAUGAUGAACACGAAGAUCAAAAUCCAGAAAAAAGCAAGGAUGCCACAAGCAAAGAACCGAAGAUCUCAGAUAGCCUGGCUGUCAAGUAUAAGCUUCAAAGCAUGAAAUGGGGCCUAAUUCCCUUCUGGACAAAACGACAGCCGGAUUACGGUUCCAUGAUGCGGACAAUCAAUUGCCGCGAUGACUCUCUCAUCGAAGAUACUGGCAUGUGGACUACCAUGAAGCGGCACAAACGAUGCAUUGUCGUCUGCCAGGGCUUCUAUGAGUGGCUGAAGAAGGGUCCCGGGGGCAAAGAAAAAGUUCCUCAUUUCGUGAAGCGCAAGGAUGGGGAAUUGAUGUGCUUUGCUGGCCUUUGGGAUUGCGUGUCCUACGAGGGUUCCGACGAAAAGCUUUAUACCUACACGGUAAUCACAACGUCUUCCAACUCCUACCUCAAGUUCUUGCAUGAACGCAUGCCAGUCAUUCUGGACCCUGGCAGCGAGGCCAUGACCACAUGGCUAGAUCCCAGUCGAAGCAAGUGGUCAAAUGAGCUACAAUCGCUUCUCAAACCAUAUGAAGGCGAGCUGGAGUGCUACCCUGUUCACAAAGACGUUGGAAAAGUUGGAAAUAAUUCGCCAAACUUCAUUGUUCCAGUCGACAGCAAAGAUAAUAAGAGCAAUAUCGCCAACUUCUUUGCUAAUGCUACUAAGAAAGAGCCCGAAUCUCCAAAAUCGAAGCUGAUCAAAGAUGAGCGACCUACCAAGGACCUUGAAUGGAGCGAAGACAAUGCUCCGAAGCCGGCACCAGGUGUCAAAAGAGAGCAUAGCCCAGAUGCAGUUCCCAACGCAGAAAGUCCCAAAAUAAUGAAGGAUGGACGAGAAGCAGCAAAUUCAUCGCCGCAGAAGAAGAAGCUGCGAAGUGCCACUCAUAAUAGCCCUAUGAAAAAGUCGAGUGGCACCAAAGCAGCGGCUGGAUCACAACCAAUUACGAAAUUUUUCACAAAGUGA